UGUGAAUGGUCCGGCAGUCUUCUGGGUCCUGUCAUGUGUCCACAGUCUCUGGUCAUCCCCUGUACUAUGUCCGCAGUCUCUGGUCAUGUGUGUACUCUGUCUGCAGUCUCUGGUCAUCUGUACUGUGUCCGCAGUCUCUGGUCAUCUGUACUGUGUCCGCAGUCUCUGGUCAUCUGUACUGUGUCCGCAGUCUCUGGUCAUCUGUACUGUGUCCGCAGUCUCUGGUCAUCUGUACUGUGUCCGCAGUCUCUGGUCAUCUGUACUGUGUCCGCAGUCUCUAGUCAUCUGUACUAUGUCCGCAGU